ACAAGAAACCGAAUGCCAAAACAGAAGAGACGGUAACCGAAAAACAUGAAAAGAAAAAACAUUUUAAACUGAAAAAGAGAAGCUAAAAAUGGGAGAUAACAAUAACGUUAACAUGUUUCAUUAUAACAAUAAUUACACUACUACUAAUGAUAACAAUAGUAAUAAUGGGAAGUGUUUAUCUUCUGCAUCAGAUGAUAUAUCCAAUCUUCUUCAUCAAAUUCUAGUUCAUUCUUCUUCUCCGUCCUCUGGGAUGGCCUAUUUGGAGGGUCCAACUGAGAAUCCACGACGGUUGUCACGGUCACCGGCACCAGCUGGUGGUGAAGCGAAGCAAGGGAUGUUCUUGACCGUUGAUUCUUGUGGGAGAGGGAGUGGAGGGUCGGGUUUGGUUGGAGUUGCUGGUGAGAUUAAUGACGCUGAAGAGUAUGACUGUGAAAGUGAGUUUGAAAGUUGUCAUAAGCAGGAGGGACUUGAAGCAUUGGUAGAUGAGGCACCAUCAAAGCCAGCUCCACCUCGUAGUUCCUCAAAGAGAAGUAGAGCUGCAGAGGUUCAUAAUUUGUCUGAAAAGAGGAGGAGGAGUAGGAUUAAUGAGAAAAUGAAAGCAUUGCAAAACCUGAUUCCAAAUUCUAACAAGACAGAUAAGGCUUCGAUGCUGGAUGAAGCAAUUGAGUACUUGAAGCAGCUUCAGCUUCAAGUUCAGAUGCUAACAAUGAGAAAUGGAUUAAGCUUGCAUCCCAUGUGCUUGCCUGGAGUUUUGCAACCAAUCCAACUUCCCCAAACAAGAAUUGACUUUGGGGAGGACAAUGGAUCUCUACCAAUGAAUGCCUCAGGCACAGCGCCAGCAAAUCAAGAACCCUCAGCACAGAUUGUUUUUGAUCUACCCAACCAAUGCAGUUCCUCAAACCAUGCAUUGGUACCCAACAUGUCAAAGAUAAUUACUUCAGAAACUUCAUUCAGUUUGGAAUCAAUCCAGGCCCAGUUUGGGCCUUUCCAGCUCCUCACACCAACUCAGGAUAUUUGCAGGGAAGACAUUCUGCCACAUCAUCAAUUGAAGUCCAAUACAUCAGAAUUUGGUUCAGGGGCUACAAGUACAGUUUCACUUCCCUUUGAUACACGAGAAUCUGAUCUAAAGGAAAGCAGUUCUCUUGAUGCAAGCAUGAAGGGAAGAGACCAACCAAACAGUGUUCUGGAACAUGACCUUGUACUUGCUCCGCACCUGACCAGGCAAGCGGGAAGAAGUGACUCCAGUGAUGACAUUAAGAUAGAAAAACCGAAUUUCUGAAUAAGUCGCUAAACUGAUGCUGCUCUAAUAUCCUUUUGGAUUUAGUGUAGCAAUGACUACCGUCAGGUUUUGUGGCUCCUUUGUAUUUCUCACAAAGCCUCCAUAGUGAAGGUGGUGUCUUGGACCUGCCUCUUAUAAAACAUUUUAGCAGCAGUUGAGCAGAAUGACCUGCCUCUUAAAAACAUCCAGCAGCAGUUGAGCAGAAACACAGCAAUAGUCUCAGCUGUUCGGGAUCACUGAAGUAGACUCUUUCUUUUCCCUUUUCUUUGGUAAAUGUAGCAUCUGCCACUUACUUUUCCGAUAAUUUUCCAUCAUAAUUUUCUUGUUUACUCGUAUGUAAUUUACCUGAAAAACCUCAUAAACUGAUUGUAAUUCAUAGUUCUUGAACUAAAUAUUGGCACAUGGCAUGCUUUAAUCAUCUAUCAUAAUAUGGCUUAGUUCUGAACAA